GGAUCCGCCCCCCGCGCUUCUCGGGCGCGUCGGCCCUGGCGCGGCUGUUAUGGAAACGGGCUGGGCGCGCAGGCGGCGAUGAUGGGGCGGCCAUGGCCCGGGCCGGCAGCUCCAGCGGCAACGCGGCAGCGGGCGAGCGGGCCGGGGGCGCUGGGCGGCCAGAACCGUGGGAGCUGUCCCUGGAGGAGGUGCUGAAGGCGUACGAGCAGCCCAUCAACGAGGAGCAGGCGUGGGCCGUGUGCUUCCAGUGCUGCCGCGGGCUGCGGGGCGCGCCGGGCGGCCGGCGGCGCAUCCGGGACACAGCGGACAUCCUCCUGCGCAGGGACGGCUCGGUCAGCGCGCAGCGGGAGCCCGGCGCGGCUGAGUCCACAGCGAUGGUGUCACCGGCCAGCUCGGAAGCCCAGGUGGUUCAGUCGCUGGGCUUCGCCAUCUACCGCGCGCUGGACUGGGGGCUGGCGGAGCACGUGGAGCGCGAGCUCAGCCCGCAGCUGGAGCGUCUCAUCGACCUCAUGGCCAACAGCGACUGCGACGACGAUGGCGGUGGCGGGGCAGCCGACGAGGGCUACGGGGCCCCCGAGGAGGAGGAGGAGGCCGAGGGCAGCCCCCGCGCCGUGCGCACCUUCACACAGGCCAUGCGCCUGUGCGCCGCGCGCCUGACCGAGCCCCGGGGCGCUCAGACCCACUACCAGGCCGUGUGCCGCGCACUCUUCGUGGAGACGCUGGAGCUGCGCGCCUUCCUCGCCAGGGUCCGGGAGGCCAAGGAGAUGCUGCAGAAGCUUCGGGAGGACGAGCCGCAGUCAGAAAAGCCCCUGAUGGAGCUCGACAGCCUGGGGCGCACGGACUGGGCCCGACUCUGGGUCCAGCUCAUGCGGGAGCUGCGCCACGGAGUGAAGCUGAAGAAGGUGCAGGAGCAGGAGUUCAACUCCCUGCCCACAGAGUUCCAGCUCACCCCCUUCGAGAUGCUGAUGCAGGACAUCCGCGCCAGAAACUACAAGCUGCGCAAGGUCAUGGUCAACGGGGACAUCCCUCCCAGGGUGAAGAAGGAUGCCCACGAACUUAUCCUGGACUUCAUCCGCUCCCGGCCUCCGCUGAAGCAGGUCUCAGAGAGAAGGCUUCGCCCCUUACCCCAGAAACAGAGAACGCUGCAUGAGAAGAUCCUGGAGGAGAUCAAGCAGGAACGCAGGCUGCGCCCCGUGGAGGACAGGCACUGGGACGAGCGGGGGUUCGGCUCUCUGCCCUGCAUCCUCAACGCCUGCUCUGGGGACGUCAAGUCCACUUCCUGCAUCAACCUGUCCAUCACGGAUGCCGGGAGCACUGCCCAGCGCCCGCGGCCCCGGGUCCUGCUCAAGGCGCCCACGUUGGCUGAGAUGGAGGAGAUGAACAUAUCCGAGGAGGAAGAGUCGCCGUGUGGGGAGGUGACACUGAGGCGAGACCGCUCUUUCUCGGAGCACGACCUGGCCCAGCUCCGGAGCGAGGUGACCUCUGGCCUACAGCCCCCUGGAGGCCUGGAACGGGCUUGGCCGCGUGCGGACAGCGUGCAGUCCUGGACGCCCAGCGCCCAGGAGCCAGGUUCUGUCAGCAUCCAGUCCCGGCAUGACCCCAGCUCCCCGCCACGCAGUGACCUGGGCUCAGUCGAGGACAGGCCUGGGGCCUCCGAGUGGCUGGAGUUCAGCCACCCUGUGGAGAGCCUGGCUCUGACGGUGGAGGAGGUGAUGGACGUGCGCCGUGUGCUGGUGAAGGCCGAGAUGGAGAAGUUCCUGCAGAAUAAGGAGCUCUUCAGCAGUCUGAAGAAGGGAAAGAUUUGCUGCUGCUGCCGGACCAAGUUCCCACUGUUCUCCUGGCCGUCCACCUGUCUCUUUUGCAAGAGAGCUGUCUGCAGUUCCUGCAGCAUAAAGGUGAAGAUGCCGUCUAAGAAGUUUGCACACAUUCCCGUGUACACGCUGGGCUUCGAGAGUCCUCCAAGGGUGCCAACCGCCAAAGUCACGCUGGCACAGAGAAGAGACGCCUUCCAACCCCUGCAGGGGCCCCACUGGCGGAGCGUGGAGGAGGAGUUCCCGCACAUCUACACCCACGGCUGCGUCCUGAAGGACGUCUGCAGCGACUGCACCGGCUUCGUGGCGGACGUGGUGCGCUCCAGCCGCAGGAGUGUGGACGCCCUCAACACCACGCCCCGCCGCGCCCGCCAGACCCAGUCCCUCUACGUCCCGAACACCUGGACACUCGACCUCAAGUGAUGGUCGCGGCCCCCUGGCCGCCUGGUCCGAGGCUUUUUGGGGUGCCCGGGUGGCCAUGUUUCUGGGGAGGAGCCAGGCUAGUCCUGGACCAGGCGGAGAAGCCCCCGUCCUGGGGCACGGCGGCCCCUGGCCCUCGUGAUGUGCAUGUACAUAUAUACAUAUACA